UCCCAACCACCCCUCAUCAGACUUCCCAACUACAAAAGCAAUGUCUCAAUCUCACCACCCAUUUCGACGCACAACGUCCCAAACCCAGUUCCUAGAAUCGCCAUUUCACACAGAUAUCAGUGAAUUUUCAGUUCAGAGUUCACUCAGCAAUGGCGGGUGUUGCAGAGAAGGACAUUGACACGGUGAGAAGGAGAGUGGCCUCCGUAACCAGCCAUCUCAUUCCGACCCAUUCGACCUCGAGUCAUGGUGGUUCGAUUGUGUUGAGCAAUUGUAGCGCUUCAAUGAAGGAUAGAUACCAUUGGGUUCAUGGCGAAGUGCCGAGCCACCCACCUGUUUGGAGAAUUGCCUGUGACGAGUCUGAGAAGGAGUUUACGGACAUUAUAUAUGAAAAAGCAGUCGGAGAACAAAUUGCGAAGAUUACGAUCAACAGGCCAGACAGAAGAAAUGCUUUCCGACCACAUACAGUCAAGGAGCUUAUCCGUGCAUUUAAUGAUGCUAGGGAUGAUAGUUCAGUGGGAGUCAUCAUUCUUACUGGAAAGGGAACCAAGGCAUUUUGCAGUGGCGGGGAUCAGGAAUUAAGAAGCAAAGAUGGUUAUGCUGAUUAUGAAGAUUUUGGCCGCCUUAAUGUUUUAGAUCUACAGGUGCAGAUACGACGUCUUCCAAAACCAGUAAUUGCAAUGGUUGCAGGUUAUGCUGUUGGCGGAGGACAUGUAUUGCAUAUGGUCUGUGAUCUAACAAUUGCAGCAGAUAAUGCUAUUUUCGGUCAGACAGGUCCAAAGGUUGGAAGCUUCGACGCUGGUUAUGGAAGUUCCAUUAUGUCUCGUUUGGUUGGGCCCAAAAAAGCUCGUGAAAUGUGGUUUCUGGCAAGAUUCUACACCGCUUCUGAAGCAGAGAAAAUGGGACUUGUCAACACUGUUGUCCCACUAGAGAAGUUAGAACGGGAAACAGUUAAAUGGUGUCGAGAGAUUCUAAGAAACAGCCCAACUGCAAUUCGGGUGCUCAAAUCAGCUCUUAAUGCAGUUGAUGAUGGGCAUGCUGGACUCCAGGAACUUGGAGGGAAUGCCACACUCAUAUUUUAUGGAACUGAGGAAGCUGACCAAGGGAAGACAGCAUACAUGCAGCGUAGACGUCCUGAUUUCUCAAAAUUUCCUCGACGACCAUAAUAGCGUCUGUUAUUGGGUGCUUCUAUGUGACCAUGCCCUGUGAACUCCAAGCAUGCGUCUAGAGAUCAAGUUAAAAGGGACUCCAUGUGAUUUUGUUUGUAAUUUAUCAAGUUUGUUUGUGUCCUGUUUAUGGACUUGUCACAGUCCUUGAUGAAGAAAACAAUCUCCCAUUAAAUUAAAGAAUAAAGAUCUUUUAUUUAUUUAUUAUUA